ACAAUAAAAUACCGUCGUUGCUGACCAACUGUAAACAAUCUGCAGAAAACGUGAAAAUAGAGUAGCUAGAAUAAAUUUAGAUUCUAGUCUAGAUCCUAAUUCACACAAUGUUUGACGUUGCUUUGGCUUCAGCUGAUGCACAUAUUGCUCUGGCUACCUCUAGUGAUGAAAAACACCCUCCAGAACAUAUGAUAGAUGGAAAUGCAGAAACAUUUUGGUCUACAACAGGAAUGUUCCCUCAGGAAGUUGUCAUUAGAUUUCAGUCUCUCAUGAAAAUAAAUAAUGUCCACAUUUGUUCUUAUAAUGUAAAAAGAAUUAGAUUGGAGAGUUCUGAAGGUACAGACAUUAACAAAUUUGACAUGUUGGCAGAAAAAAUAUUUGAAGAGAUAGACUCUCAACUACAACAAGAAGAAAUACAGAUAGAGGAAAAAAGAGCACAGAGUAUCAGACUGGUCAUUGAAUCUGGCUAUGAUCAUUUCAUAUCAAUACAUAAAGUUGUUGUCAGUGGUCAGGCAGUGCAUUGAUAUCAGGUUAUCACUUUGAUGAAUUUGUAUGGUAGCUUUACAUUUGUUAUAUUUAUUGUUUCCAUUUAGGCUGUCUGAAUUGAAUUAUAUCAGGUGAUCAUGAAAAAGCUCACUAUUGUUCCUUAAUCAAAGUUUUCAUUUUAGCAAUUAAUCAUGUUCUUUACUAUUCAUAAAUGACUUUAAAAAUUAUAACUAAACAGCUAUAUUAUUUUUUUUUUAUUAUUGCAAGUCUUAAUGUUAAAACUCUAAUUGUUCCUACUAUGGAUUUAUACAUAAGUGUUAACCCUAAGGCUUAAACCACUUGGCUACCUUUCAAGAGGGCUCGAGUUGACUCCUGACUCAAGCAGAGUUGUGUUCCCUGAGAGCCUAUAGGCAGCACGGAAAACCUUCUCUCAAAUACCCCUUCCCUCCACAAUUGGUCCACAAAAGAGAUUGAACCAUGUGACAAAAACAUAAAAGUUGAGCUAUAUUAAAGCAAUUAUAUAUAUAUAUAUUUUUAUAUAUUUGCAUAUCCCUUUGUUAUCUUGAAUUGUAGAUUUAAAUCCACUAAAAGUUUGCUUGAACUCAGGUGCAUUUGAAUUUCUGAACAAGAAAGAUGGCCUAAAGUAUUUUUUUCUUUGAUAAAUCUUUGAUAAAUUUCGAAUGCAUGAAAAAAAAGUGAAUUUUUCUUCAAAAGUUAUGUAUGUACUUAUUGAGAAGUCUAACUCAUUGGUCUAUGUGUAAAUUGUAAGCCUUUGUGUACAUCAUUUUUUUACAUUGAAGUUUUUGACACCUACAUUUGUGGAAAAAAAUGGAGACGCUUCUUGUGAAUUUUUUGAGCUUACUUAAAAGGAGAUAUAUACAUAUAUAAAACUACAAAUAUUACUUACUUUUAGAUCUACCAGCUUUCUUUUUUUUUUUAAACAGUGAUUACAUUUAAUGUAUUACAAUUAUUGAGUCAGAUUACUAGAAUGCAUUCUGAUUUUGUAUUUCAAACCUUUAAUAUUUCUCCUUUGUGUUACAUUACUUUUGACUGCUGGAAUAAUUCUGAAAAUAGCUGAAUACAAUUAUCCUUAGGGAUAUAAUUUUGUUUAUUGUUUUUAACUUCUACAAAAAUGCUGAUCACAUGUGUUGUAACAAUUCUUUCUCAUUCAUUAGCCAAUAAAAAACCAAGAUUGAUAAUAUUAGAA